UUGAUAAUUGUUUUAUUAUGGUAACACCAAUAAAAGUACUUGUAAAGUAGCAAAGCGGUAUGGAAGUAACGAAUAAUAUCGUAGGCUCAAAUCUUUAGACGGGUACAUAUCAGCUGAUGGCAACAUAUCAUCCGUAGAAAAAUUAAAUGAGAUAAAAUAAAUGGUACAAAAGUGCAUAUACAAAUAUGACGACUUUAUCAAUAUCGGCGGUUUUAUCAUUUUAUCAUACUUUGAACACUCGUCCACUUAUCAUUUUGCAGUAAGUUGUGCGUCCAGUGUCGUAUAAACAAAUUGUUAGGUUUUAAUACAGAUUAUUUAUCGGUCCACCAUUGACAAUAACAUUUAAUUUUAAUUUGUGAAAAUGGAAGAAACUUUCGCCGAUGUAAGCCCAAGCUAUCCAACAAGUUCAAGUCAAAAUGCCAGCAAGACUUCGGGUGCAGGCAAUGAAACAAGACCUGUGAACAAAGCGCAACCGGUAUUCAAUCCGGAAGAUUUGUUCUACGAUAUGUCCGGAGAUAAAUAUCUUGUGAUAUUUAAUCACACUAAAUAUAAAAUGACCAGAUAUUUUCAUUUUCAAACACCGACACCUCGGAAAGGAACGGAAAAAGACGUAGAAUCUCUUAAGAAAACUUUUUCCAACUUAGGAUACAAGGUCCUAACUUACCACGACUUGGAUCACGGUGAAAUACUUAACAAGGCGCUGGAAAUAAGUCGUAUGGACCACACUAUGACGUCAUGUCUGUGUUUCGCGAUUUUAACUCAUGGUGAUAAAGGCGGUCAAUUGUUCGCUUCAGACCGUCCAUAUCAGUUUAGUGACGUCACCAAGAUGCUGGAAAACGGAGACAAGAGUUUAGUCAAUAAGCCGAAACUCUUCUUUAUACAGGCUUGUCGCGGUGGUGACAUGGACGACGGCAGGACGGUGCAGCUGGACUCCGACGAUGACCUCACUUUCCACGUCCCCUCGCACGCUGACUUCUUCACCAUGUACUCUAGUGUUGAAGGUUACGCGGCAUUUCGUACUGCUCUAGGAUCCUUCUUGAUACAAGAACUUUGCCAAGCGAUUGACAAGUAUCACGACACUUUAGACGUGCUACACAUAGCGACAACUGUCAACAGAAGAGUGGCAUACGAAUAUAGCACUUAUACUCCUAGUAAUAAGAACACACACAACAAGAAACAGAUGCCUGAAGUGCGGUAUACUUUGACUAAAUUGUUUAAGUUUUAAUGUUUUAAAAAAACA